CCUCACUUCCUCACUCAGAGGGGACAGACAGUGAGGCAGGGAGAGGAGGCAGGAGCUGCCCAUAAAUUGCUCUGGAAAAGGAGAGGGGAGAGACAGAGCUGGAAACAGAACAGAUGCAUUGGCAGGAGCAGAGUUGAGUGGUUUUCUCUCUCCCUCCUGUCUCUCUUUUGUUGUGUCGGUACAAUAAAAAUCUGAUGGACAUUGACAUUGACCACCACCACCACCUCACUGCGAGCCUCUCAUCCCCAGUCUGUUUGCCGGAGCUGCUUGUGCGACAGCUAUCAGCAGGCUAGCGGGGGCUGCAAGGCUCUGUGGCAGCGAAAAGAGGAGGAAAAAAAGGAGGAGGGGCUGUGGUGAGCUGGUGGGCUUCCUCUGCCUCACAGACACAUUUUAUUGACUUGCUAAUUGGAUGAGGCACUCGGAGGAGAGGAUGCGGUGACCGAGAGGAGCUGCUCUCCAGAGGAGGAAUACAGGCGCAAGGAAGCAUUGCUCAGGCUGCGUAAAUCUGGCUUCUUCAUCUUUUAAUUUAAAUUUUUUAUUCUGGAGACAUAACAACAGAUGUUUUUUUCAGCAUCUCCCAGUGACCCUCGCACCGUGCAUUCAUAAUUUUAUGCAUGACAUUGUCGAACGGAGGCUCCAGCUGCCAGACGCUUCGUGACAAGUGAAUGAUUUCCAUUUUGAUUUGUUUGCACCCUGUUCCCUUUAACCUGUUUUUUUUUCUUGGACUCAUCAGCUGGAGCUUUAUUUUUGUCAGCCUUAUGUGAUGUGCCGUUUGAUUUGAAUGGUUAUCUGAUGGCGAGAUAAAUUCAAAUCCUAUGUACAAGGAACUGUGCAAUGGAUAUUCAUCAGGAAAAAUGAAGUCUUGUCCUGGUUGCCAUGACUGAGGUGUGCAGGUCUGGCUUGGUCAGAGAGCAGGUGGUACUGUGCUGAAGUCUGCUGUCCCAAUGAGCAAGGCAGGCAACCCACAGAGACGCACCACCUACCUCAUUUCCCUAACUCUGGUGAAGGUUGAAGCUGUGCCAGAGGAUGUAGCAGGGAACCAGAGGAAGGCAAUUCCAGAGGGGGAAGGGAGCCCUAAGAAGGAGGAGGAGGAUGCCCCGGAAAAAGGGGAAGGACUUGUGUGUAUACAAGUGGGGGAAAAAGAAAACACACAGGUGGAAGAAGAAGUGGAACAGGUGCAGCAUGGCAAGUAUGGCAGCCCCACUGAGAACUGGGGAAAGCCUGAAAGUAGGGAGACUCAUGGACACCCAAAAGAGAUUGUAUCAGUUGGUAAAAGCAAAGACACUUUUUUUGUACAUCCACCUGUUAGGCAAAUGGUCAAAGUGUAUGGAGGAACUACCUCUGAGGGAACUGUGCGCAGAGAGGGGCCUCGCUCAGACGCCAUGCGCCCUAAGACGGAGCUCUACAGAGAGCCUCCCGUGCUCUUCCUAAAGGGUGAAAAUGGAGCAGACCAGAACAGUCGCUCACGUUGCAGCCUCCCUUUUUCCAUCCCGCCACAGGUCAGCCAGCGCCCUGAAGUCCUGAUGAGGUCACAUGCAGGAGGCAACUCUGCAUGCUGGAGGGAACUCAGAGAGGCCAAUACAAGCCUGUAUCACUCUGCUAGGACUUUGGAUCGAAGGGAUAACCGUUUUGGGGACCAGUCCCCCUUAAUGGCAGCUACAACUCUGGGGCCUUACAGGGCGUCCUGGGCAGACAGUGACGGCAGGGGCACGCUCAUUCGCCCCGGAGCUCCCAUCAGCGGAGGAUUUUCCGGCAUAAUGGCUAGGGACAGCCCUCAAGGGGAGAGAUUUAAGACAGUCUCUGUUUCCUUGCCUGCACCUCCUGUCACCGAUGUGUCCAGGCCUCAAAGAAAAAGUACAAGUCGUACCCUGGACAACAGCGACCUACAUUCCCUCUCUGAGGACCUGAAGAAGGGGAAGGAGGGCCAGGGAGGAACAAUCCAGCGCGCUCCUCCCCGUGACCGAAAGAUGCUCAAGUUCAUUAGUGGCAUUUUCACCAAAAGUACAGCGGUGCCAGCCAGCGUCAGCACCGCACCUCCUCUCUAUCCAGCUGUGGAAAGGGGAUCGAGUGAGGAGGAAGCUGCAUGCACCAGUAGUCAAGAAUGGACCAUGAGCCAAACUAUACAAGAGCUUCACCUGGGUGUUUUGGGAGGUCUGUGCAGUGGGAAGUCCGCUCUGGUCCACAGGCACUUGACAGGAAGUUACCUGCAGCUGGAGAAUGCUGAGGGUCGCCAGUACAUUAAGGACGUCCUGGUGGAUGGACAGAGCCACGUGUUGAUAAUCAGAGAAGAAACAGAACUCCCGGGUGCUCAGUUUGCAAGUUGGGUGGAUGCAGUUAUCUUGGUCUUCAGUUUGGAAAAUGAGGCCAGCUUCCAGGAAGUUUACAGAAUCUACCACCAGCUCGCUACCCACCGGCCCAUUUCUGAGAUACCUUUCAUAGUAGUCGGCACUCAGGAUAAGAUCAGCAGCACCAACCCCAGAGUAAUAGAUGAUGCCAGGGCCAGACAGCUCUGCUCAGACGUGCGGCGCUGCACCUACUAUGAAACCUGUGCAACGUAUGGCCUCAAUGUGAACAGAGUCUUCACUGAUGCUGCUCAGAAGAUCAUGGCAGCCAAGAAGCAAGCUGCUCUACUGGCUUCCUGUAAAUCUCUCCCUAACUCUCCCAGUCACUCUGGAGGCUCCACCCCCGUGUCAGGUGUCUUUCCAGGACAGGCCAGUAACGGUGGUCAGAGCAGUGAUUACUCCUCAUCACUUCCCUCCACUCCUGUGAUCAGUCAUAAGGACAUUGGCAAAACAAUGAGAGGGGAAAAGCAAGAUAGUGCCACGCCUGGGUCAGUCCGCAGUGCCACCCGGAGACGCACCUCCAGAUUUGCGGGUCGGAGAGGCAGUGACUCAAACAGAAGGAGUGCAGACUGUAAGGGAGAUCUGGGCAGUGGACGCUCCAUUCCAAUCAAACAGGGCAUCUUGCUGAAACGCAGCGGGAACUCGCUCAACAAAGAGUGGAAGAAGAAGUAUGUCACGCUGUCCAACGACGGCAUACUGUCCUAUCACUCCAGUGUCAAUGACUACAUGCUAAAUGCUCCUGGGAAGGAGAUGGACCUGCUGCGAGUGACAGUGAAGGUGCCAGGAAAGCGACCGCCUCGUGCUGUACCUGCCAGUGGCCUUCCAGUCGGGCUCAACGGGCGCACCAAAGAUGUGCCGGGACCUGAGGGUGUCGGCCCAGUCCCUGUAAGCGCCAGCAGCCUCCUGCAAGUGGAGGAGAUGGAAGGGCUGGGUGGUGCGUUGUUCCUGAGGAGCAACCGAGCCGUGCAGCGGUGUCCCUCUACACUAUCAAACCAUGCUCAAAGUGUUGACUCUGCAGUCGAGGGUGUGUCCAGCUCCUCCUCCACCAAAGACGUAGGCUCCUCCUCACCAGUGACAGACAGGAAGAAGCAUCGCAGAAAGAAGAGCAUGAACCAGAAAGGAGAUGCAACCAUUGGCCAAGCAGAUGCCAAACGCAAACUGUGGAAACUUAAAAGCUUUGGUAGCUUAAGAAACGUAAGCAAGACAGAUGAGGAUAACUUUGACUUCGUCAUCGUGUCGAGCACCGGCCAAACAUGGCACUUUGAAGCCCAGAGUGUGGAGGAGAGGGACUCCUGGGUCCAAGCCAUUGAGAGCCAGAUCCUGGCCAGCCUGCAACUCUGUGAGAGCAGCAAAAACAAGGCUCGCAAGAACAGCCAGAGUGAAGCAGUGGUUCUGCAGGCCAUCCGCAACGCAAAGGGCAACAACUUCUGUGUUGACUGUGAUGCUCCAAAUCCAACCUGGGCCAGUCUGAACCUGGGCGCUCUCAUAUGCAUCGAGUGUUCAGGGAUGCACAGAAACUUGGGGACCCAUCUGUCACGUGUUCGCUCGUUGGACCUUGAUGAUCUGCCACGAGAGCUGACGCUGGUUCUCAGUGCCAUCGGCAACCACUUGGUCAACAGUAUAUGGGAGGCGCGCACACUGGGCCACCGUAAACCAGCACCUGAUGCUACACGUGAGGAACGGGAGUCGUGGAUCAGGGCCAAAUAUGAGCAGAAACUGUUUGUGGCGCCGUUGCCCCCUCCCACUCCUGGCGAGGGCCCAGACAUCACACUAUCUGGCCGUCUUCUGUUGGCAGUGAUGGAGCACAACCUCCCCAAGCUGCUGCUCCUUUUGGCCCACUGCACUAAGGAGGACAUUAAUGCCCCUCUCAGCCUGGCGCUCUCCUGCAGGUCGCUCUUAGCGCUAAGACUGCCUGGCUCUGCCCUGCACGCUGCCUGUCAACAGGCUGAUGUGGUGAUGACGCAGCUUCUUGUUUGGUAUGGCUUUGAUGUUCGGCACCGGGAUGCUCAGGGGCAGACAGCUCUGGUUCUGGCUCGCAGUGCUGGCAGCCAAGAGUGUGUCGACAUCUUACUUCAGUACGGAUGCCCAAAUGAACCGGCCUCCUCCUUUACCGUCGCCACAACAGUUGGUUUUGCAGCAGCCGCCAUACCCAGCUUCCCUGUUGCCAUGACGCCGAGCCUAACGGUUGCUACGACACUCAAGAUCUCGCACAAGAGCGGAGGCAGCACCAGCUUGAGUUACAGCACCUCUAGAAGAGCAGUGUCAUAAUCGAAAUGUGGUGUGUGUGUGUGUGUGUGUGUGUGUGUGUGUGUGUGUGUGUGUGUGUGUGUGUGUGUUGCUUUUCCCUCAUACUGUUCUGUACCUUCACACAGGCCUGCGGGACUGAUGAACAUGUUGCCAGAUGUUGCACUACCUGAGGUUUUAAAGGGGUGUGUGUGUGUGUGUGUGUGUGUGUGUGUGUGUGUGUGUGUGUGUGUGUGUGUGUGUGUGUGUGUGUGUGUGUGUGUGUGUGUGUGUGUGUGUGUGUGUGUGUGUGUGUGUGUGUGUGUGUGUGUGUGUGUGUGUGUCAGGGAUGAAAACAAACACUGGUAAUAACAGGCAUUUCUGCUAGAAUGAUUUAACCAAAACAAAACAACAACACAAAUUUUACCUGACUACACUUUCUAUGUAAGAUUAAAAAAACAUAAUAUUACAUCCAGAUGCCUCUGCAUUCGGAUUCAAUAGGAAUUUAUUGCAAUGUAUACCAGCUGGUAUGAUUCAUAUUUCAUAAUGCAGUCAAUAUUCAACUUUAUUCUCCACUCAGUUAAGAAUGGGAAUUUGCCUUCAGCCUCAAAUUGCUUAUCUGAGCAUAUAGGGGCCAAAAGUAAAGAACUGCAAUAACUUUAAGAUUUCAUAGACAGACGUUAACGCUAAACACAUCCACACUUCUUAACUUUAUUGAGAACGAAUGUCACAUUUAAAUCCAGAGUGCAUAUACUUUGAUCAACACAGCUGGUCGUGCAUAAAUAAUGUUGUGUAAAUUGAAAAAAAAAAACUAACUUUACAGAGGCUAAAAAAGACAGGCUGCUUUAAAGAUAAUCAAAAUAACUGUAUAGAAAUGCAUUGAUAAAAAUAUUAUAAUUCUAAAAUUGUAAAAGUGCUUAAUUUUCGAGAUUGUUAUUGUAUUAUUUGUACAGUUGGUUCUGUGUAUAAAACUCAAAGGGUUACUUGUAGCUGUUCAGACAUUUCCUGUACAGCGUCUUGAUUUGGUUUUCCUUUAACAACCCCCUGAUUAACUCUUUGAUAUCCAAGACUAAUAUUUCUAUGUUAUGUUUGUAUCACCGUGCGUGACAUGAACACUGUACAUGACGUCUGCAUUAGGACUCCAGCAGUAGCUCAUCAUCCAUACGAGUGUAAUACUAGACGUGUAAAUGCCUUGAUUUUGAUUGAAUGUAUACAAAAACAGAUCGUUUGAGUUUUUUUUAUUUCAAACACUAAUGUGUGUUUUCCAAGAUUAUACAAUUUUGAUGGACUGUCAGGGCGUUUUCAUUUUUUAAUUAACUAAUAUUAUUCAUGCUGUGACUAAUAGCAAGUAUGGUUCAGUAGAUUAAAACUCUGGUUCUGAUCUAUAAAACUGGGCCUUUGAAUGACUAUGAUUAUAUUUGUAGGUGGAUGAAAAUGAACAUGAAAUAGAGGAAGGUUGCCCAAUUUAAUAUGUUAAAAAAAUGCAUAAAAAAAACAACCCUCCUGCAGUACUGUGUGUAUUUUUGUGUUAGUCUGAAGACUACUGAGUCUACAUGUCUGUGAUGUAGGCAUCUCUCUCCAUUUGUAUUUUUUUACUCAUGCAAUGAUUCAUAGAGCAUUCAUUAUCAAUACACUAAGGCUACUGCUCAAGCUGUGGUGUUUUGUACAGA